ACAAAAUUGGAGAUAGCCAAACAACACCGCUUAUUCGAGGGUUGCACAAAAUCAGUCUUUUAAGCAAGUUCUAUUUCUCUUUUUUCUGUUCUCUGAUCCUAUAAACCCUAACCCCUAAAGUCCCCAACAAAGAAAGGCGGCCGAACGCUACAGGUUAAGGCAGACAGAAGCCAUGGCGAAAUCUAUGAGAUCGAAGAAACUGAAACGUCUCAGGGCCAUUCGUAGAGAGAUGGUGGAGCCCCUAUACGAAAAGAAAGAACUUGCGAAGUACGCCGCCAUGGAAGCCGCCUUGGCUGCCCCCAAGCUCCCUGUUAAACCUAUCCCGAAUGCUGAAUCUUCAAUGGAGCUCGUCCCCACCACCAGUGCUGCUACAAUUACAACUAACACUAUGGAUGUGGAUAUGGAUGAUAAUAGUAAAACCAAGGACUCGCUUAAAGCAAUUGGGGGUGUAGGGAAGAUGUCCAAAAGGCAGUUCAAGGUGGGUAAAAGAAAGCGUCCUGGAAAGGGGAAAGGCAAGGGCAAGGUCAAGAGACGUCACAUUUAACUUUUUAAGCUUAGCUUUUCAUAAAUUUCUUUUGAGGGUAUCCUGUUUUUGUUUGCACACUAUUAAGAUCCAAUUCGGACUAUAGAUACAUUUCAAUGAUUUACACUAGGUAUAUUAUGUUUUAAACAUUGAUCGGGUAUCAACACUAAAUUUUCAAUUAUAUUACUUAGGUAUGAUUUUCUGUC